CCAGAAUUCCUCCGAUGCAAAAGAAGAGCAGAUUUCAGUAAACUUGGAUUAAAUCUUCCAAAAGUGCACCCUGUUGCGUCAUCGAGAAGAAAUGCUAGAGAACGUAACCGAGUGAAACAAGUGAAUAAUGGUUUUGAUACUUUAAGGCAACGAGUUCCAAAUGGUAAAAAGAAUAAAAAGAUGAGCAAAGUGGAUACAUUAAGAGCUGCUGUGGAAUAUAUAAAGAAUUUACAAGAACUUCUAGAAUCAAAUAAC